AUGUCUGAGUCUCCAGAUAAUGCUGGGGCCUUGAUCUCGAAUCUCGAAUCACUACGAAUCCCAUCAGAAUUCAAGCGAUAUCCUGAUCUCGAGGAUAAUGACAUUCUGACGACUUGGAGGGAAGAAGCAGAGCAGAACCUACUGGAACUGAAAGCUAUCGUCAACGCUGCCACAAAAGAUGGCGGCUCGACCUUGUCACGGAAUCAGAAAGCUGCAGUCGUAGCCACGGUUGCACAGUUCGACGGCGGUCCUUGGGUAUCGUCUACUUCGAAGGGUGUAGCUACUGAUAUCCUGAAUCAUUUUCAGGGCACCGUUACCGAGUUGCUGCCCCAAAUCCUAAGCGAGCAUCUGAAGCCGAUAUUUCGAACCAAUCCUCAUCCGUUACUGCAUACAUCCACUGGUCGGAAACUUCCACGACCUGCAGGCGGACCGCUCGCUUCAAGCGAUUACUAUGAGUCGCAAUCGUGGAAAGACCACCCAGGAGCCCCAAAUCUGGUCUCUUGGUGCGUGAGGCAUAUACCAAAUGAUUAUUGGGAUGAACUCUGGCACUUGAUCAUCCCACCAAUAAUGACCCUGUUGGAUGACUAUGAAGCCAAAUACAAAGUGCAAGGUGCCAAAAUCGUCUCUGAAAUGCUACGAACAGUUCCCAGAACGGUGCUAAAGCGGACAGGCAUAGACGGUCUUCUAAACACAUCGCUCCAAACAUGUCUAGCCCACCUUCAGCGUCCGGAAUCGGCCACACUUAUCCGAGAAGCCAUCCCCGCGUCCGUGUCGCUGACAACACUUACAACCGAUCAAGGCUCACAAGACCGCUUCGAUCAACUGAGUGCUCUCCUUGGAGAUGGUAUCAUCGGUGGCAUCUGGCUAUAUUCGUCUCUCGAUCUCGCCGCUGUUGAGGCCUCAGUAGAAGCACUUCCCCUUGUUAUCGACGCUCUGGGACUGGGCUGUACGCGAUUCCUCAAGGCAUUGAUUCCGCAGCUUGUGCACCCUCUUUCCCAAAAUAACACUUCUAGUGUAAUAGACUUCCAGUUCCAUUCUACCCGGGCCCUUGGGCAUGUUAUAGAUGCCUGCGCUCCCCGUAUGCACCGGUGGAAGGGCUCCAUAGUGGACGGAAUCGGAAGAUGUUGGGUAGCCACUCAAGAUGGUGAUGCCACAAAUACUACUGUCGAGCUUCUGAGAUCGAAGCUCGUAGACGUGUGUAACAAACUUGCCCAGGCAUGCCCGUCGGUGAUCCAGGAGUACCAACUGCUUUAUGCAGUUGAACCGGCGUUAUUCACAGACCUUGUGGGAGAUAUCAUACACCGCAGUUCGGAUGCCCCCUCUGUUGAAGUACCGUCAUAG